AUGCCUGGCAGUAGACCCACCUCUCCACUGACAUACUUCCUACGCCGGAGCCCACUUACUCGUUUCGACUUCAUCCGGGACUACUAUUCUCAGACGAUGGGUCACGUGAGCCUUAUCCAGGAAUCCGGCCCCUUUAUCACUGCACAGAAUACCUACAUUCUUCCAAGGCUUCUAUCACCAUGGGACUUCUCCAGCUCGGUCGACACCUACCUUUUCGAGCGGGUUUGCCUCAAUCUAGGUGGUCAGAUCCACAUGGGGACAGCUUACAUGAUGUUCGAAGAGGGUGCCCCUUCAUUGCCCCCUCUGAUAGGACCUCCUGCCCCACCGGCCAACUCUCCCCCUAUGGCACCAGUCAUACAGCCUUUGGAACCCAGGGACCCGCCUCCCUGUCGUCCGACUCCGAUGCCCUUGUUUAUUGGAAGCGUGGGAUUUUCAGACCCGGAGCCACCUCUGCUGCCCCGCAUGCGCCCAGUUCCCACUCCGGUCAAAACACCCCAGCUUAAGGUACAAGAGGUUCAGAGGUGGACUGCGCAUGCAAAAUCCAAAGAAGAACCCAGUCCGGAGAACCAAGAAGAGGCUGCCUCAGCUGAAGACACGCCCAUGGAGCUCAAGUAUCCCUUGAGCCCGGAGCCCGAGCCUGAGCCUGAGCCCGUCACUGACGAGGCUACCAAGGAGGCUCCGAGUGCCGAAGAAGAAGCCGAAGGCCUGCAGGCCUGCUACAACGUCCAGAGCCCCGGAAGAGCUAUUGUGAGAGCCCCAACACCGCCACUGAUCCUUCCGACAGUCCUGCGCCUGCACAAGAAACAUGCCCGCGCGAGCGUCAAGGACACGUUUGACCACCCAAAGCUAGCGCUACAGGUGGCCGAGCACGUCGGGCUCGAGAACAUCUUGCUCGUCCCAGCCCGCUUGUGGACCAAGGACGAGCGUCGCUUCAUGCGACUCGUAAUCAAGUUGAUCUGCCAUGCCUUGAGCGGAAAGGUGGGGUAUGGUGAGGUUGUGCCGAUGUAUGGCCCAGGUGCAGUUGUAGGAGGUGGGAGCGACACUGAGUAG